UGUCCUAAAAGUCAAAUGUCUUCCAGUCCUGAGCGUCGUGAGCAGGACGAGUUUGAUAAAUUCUUCACCGUGUUUGACGGCUCUUCUCCGGAGGACGUGUCCCAUGCCAGGCAGCUGUGGAGCUCCCUAUCCCUCCUGCCGCCGCUGGAGUCCCGGCUGGUGUCGGCAGAUAUCCGACAGAGGCUGCCGGUGUCCCGGCCGCAGCGCAGCAGCACCGCUGCCGCUGGACCUAAACCCUCCGCCCUGGAGCCGCCGAGUGUCCACGCUCUCCGGCAGAGACAGGAGGAGAGACAGAGGUACGUGGCCAUGGCCGACCAGAGGAGGGAGAUCCUGGCUCUGUUGAGGAGGCAGAGAGAGCUGAGGAUCCAGAGGGAGCUGCUGUCUGUGGACUUUAAACCAAAGGUAAAGCUCGGCAGAGAAAAAGUGCUGAAUCUACAAAAACCUUCAGACUCUGAGGACGAGCAGCUGGUCAAACAGCUGCAGUAGGAGCAGCUGAUUCAUUAUUAUUUCUGCAACACUCAGGGGAUUAACAGAGGAGCAAAUAUAUCAAAAUAAAAGAGCAGUUUUUAAAUGUUGAACGCUUUAAUGAUCUGCAUGUGAUGGAGAUUUAUAAUCUGAUUCCACUGACUCUGUGAGGUUUCACCUGAACACCUGUCCAA